AUGGAGGAAAAUACAAACUUACCAAUAUUGACUGGUGAUAGCAAUAAUGAAAAAGCAAUAUAUGAUGGAGCUGAAGAAGAAACUGAAAUGUUUUUAUGUAGAGCGAAUGGCAAACCAAAAAGACCUUGUGUGUUUUGUGGAAAAUUUCAAACUCAUCUGACCAGACAUCUAAAAACAAAACACAAGGGAGAAGAGGAUGUAAUAAUUGCAAUGCAACUCCCACCAAUGGAUAGGAACCAGGCAUUUGAUGUGUUAAAGAGAAAAGGCUACCAUAAUUAUAAUUUAUUGAAAAUGAAAGAGGAUGAUUUUAACGAAAACAAAUUGAUUAAAGAACGAAAACCAAGAAAAAACAGAGAUGGUGAGAUAGAGAAAAGAGCAAUGUGCUCUUCUUGCAAAGGUUUUUUUGUAAAAGAACAUAUGAAGAAUCACAAAGUAAAAUGUUUUGCAGCAGAAGGAUGCACGAGGGUACCUGUUGCUAUACCCAUAGAAACUGUUAAAGAUGUCAAAUACUCAGAAGAAUAUAAAGAAGAUAUUUUGAGUUCCUUUUGGGAUGACCAGAGCGGAAGAUUCUGUAGAAGUGAUCCAUAUAUAAAAGAUUUUGGUUUUCAUUAUUAUAGGAAGAUGGUAUCAAGAAAAGACAAGUCCCAGCAAAAUAGGAAAAGCAUUAUGAAGCAGAUGAGAACAAUUGCCAAUUUAUAUUUCUUUGUAAAAGGAGAGGCUGAAAAAUCAGGUAUAACUGUAACAUCUGCAUUAGAUCUUUUUAAAAUGGAGAACUUUCAUAUUUUUAUGGAUGGAAUUAAUUCAAUGGCAGCAAAAGAUGACGGAGGGAUGAAGUCAGGACUGAAAAAGAAUGUUGGUCAUCUUAUACAGAAUGUCCUUACACACUUGAAGGGACAAUAUAUUUUACAAAACAAGAAAGAUGAAAUGAGUAAAGUUGAUGAUUUCAAAACAUUAUUAGAAUAUUAUAAAGGAGAAAUAUUUAGUGAUGCUGAAUAUAAUUGCAAAAAAAAUAGGCAAGAAAACUUGAGACGACCUCAACAGUUACCAGUAGAGGAUGACAUUAAUAAGCUUAGGCAGUUUAUCUUAACACAAAUAAAAGAGUUGGAUGACCCUUAUAAGUUUUUAGAACCAAAUGAAUAUACCUUUCUCAGAGAUCUUAUAGUUAGUAGACUAACAUUAUUCCAUGCAAAAAGAGGAGGGGAACCAAGUAGACUAACUUUAAAAGAAUGGAUAGAUGCAAAGGAGGAUGCAUGGGUAGAUGAAAACCAAAUGAAAAAGGUAAAAAAUCCAGAGGAGUUGGAACUUUUACAGAAAUAUAAAUUGACAUAUCAAUCUGGUAAAUGUGUUAGUCACCUACUCCCAAUUCUUAUCCCUGAAGACACAUGGAAGGCCAUGACAAAACUAACAGAUCAGCAAAUUAGACAAGCAGCAGGUGUUAAACAAACUAAUUUAUAUGUAUUUCCUAAUAUUAAAGAUUCAAACUUUCAUGUAUGCGGCUGGAAAAGUGUUAACAAAAUUUGUAAGAAGGCAGAAUUAUCAAAAAGGAUUAAUGCUACUCAGAUGAGGCAUUACAUGUCAACUGUAUUUGCCAAUUUGGAGGUUGCAGAUGCUACAAAAGAAGCCUUCUACAGACAUAUGGGACAUUCUGAAGAAGUUAACAAACAUGUUUAUCAGUGCCCAUUGGCAAUACAAGAAAUAACUAAAGUGGGGAAGUUUUUUUACCAAUUUGAUUUAGAUUCAGGUAAUAUAACAGCAGAAGAGCAACCCAACAGUCAAGAGGAUGUCGCAGGACCAUCAUCACUGAAUGACAACAAGUGUGCAAAAAGUGAAGAGGAUGAAGGUAGCAGUGAAUUGACGAAAAGUACUGAAAAGAAAGGACAAAAGAAAUUUGUGAUAUACAGUUCUUCAGAGAAUGAUUCUAGUAUAGAAAGUGACUCAGAGAAUGAUUCUAGUCCAGAAAGUGACUAUAGUACAGAUUAUAGUGAAGGCAACAGUUCACAAAAGAGAGGGAUGAAAAGGAAAAGUGAAGAUGGCCAAAUUGAAGAACAAAUCAGAAGUAAAAAGAAAGGAAGGAGAUAUGUUAAUUGGAAUCAGGAGGAUGCAAAGGUUGUAAGAACAUACUUUAAGGAUUAUGUCCAAGAUGUGUCUAAAGAAAAGUCCAAAGGAUCACUACCUGGUUAUAAGGCCAUUGAAGUAUUUAUGAAAACAUAUCCAAAAGUAAUGGCCAAUGAAACAGACCCUGUUAUUAGGAGAGAUCUAAUAAAAUACAAAGUCUUCAAUGAAAGAAAUAAGACCAGGAAAAAUUAUCAGCAGAGGAAGAAUAAAUUUUCCAUGUAA